GCUGCUGAGGAGUGGCCUCCCUUACAUGUAUUGUACCAUUCAGCAGGGACGCUUGGAGAAGGAAGAAGUAUAGUCGACUCGUAAAGAAUGGAAAGUCUUCUUGAAACGUUCAGAAACCUUGACCCAUCACAGAAAAUCCUAUAUGGCGUCGGAUGUGCGGCAGUGACCACUGUGUCCUUCGUGGCUUUGAGGAAACUCACGCAAAAAGAGAAGCGUAAAGAGUAUCCCCGAGAUACGGUGAUCCUUCAUCAGAUCGGUAGAGGUCCUUACGCCCCCAGCAUGACACCGUUUGCUGUGAAGCUGGAAACCUACCUCCGGAUGGCCAGGAUACCCUACCAGAACGUCCAUGGAAUGCAACCUUCACCUAAGGGCAAGGUCCCCUGGAUUGAGUACAAUGGCCAACCUAUUGGGGACACCACGCUGUGUAUAAAUUUCCUCAAUCAGAAGCUUGGGGUGGACCUCAACAAGCACCUGAGUCCAGCUGACAAGGGUAUAGCGCAAGCGAUGCAGGUUAUGACGGAGGAACAUCUGUACUGGUUGCUUGCCCAAAUCCGCUGGUUGUACAGCAGAGACUUCUUUCUAUGGAUGAUACGACGACAUAUCAGAAGACAAACAUGGAGUCAGGGAUUGGGUCGCCACACGGAGGAAGAGGUCGUCGAAAUGAUGUAUAAGGACUUCCAAUCUAUCUCCGACUUUAUAGGGAGGAAGAAGUUCCAUGGGGAUGAUCCCUGUGAAGCGGAUUGCUCUCUGUUCGGUAUGCUGUCUCAGGCAUAUUGGCAGUUUAAUGGAUCUGGAUUUGAGAGUCUCAUAAAAGAUAAAUAUCCCAACCUGGCCGCCUACUGUGAACGUAUGAAGGAAGCAUUCUGGCCCGACUGGGACCAGUGCAUCACACACGGUGGAACAAGGGAGGCAACCAAAUGAAGGGAGAUAACUCAGUGACUGCCCGUCCAUUAAGCCUUCAAACAUGAGAUAUUAUAAUUGUUUGACCGAAUAUGGAGCUGAAUUAUAUUAUGUAUUCAUAUAAUAUGUGUUUGAGUGUAAGAGAAUCAGUGAAUAUAAUUUUACGGCUCUUGCCGCAGAAUUUCAGCAGUGUAUCGACGGGGAACUCCAGGAACGGAAAAUGUUUGAAAGAAUGUGAACUAGUGUAGCCAAGUGGUUACAUCACUUUGUCUUGUUUGAAGACCCGGGUUCGAUUUCGAAUACGAUGCGCGAAUAACGUCGCCGAAAUAAUGCUCAAAACCCCUCUCACAUAGAUAUUUUAUUGUUCAUGAAAUAUUCACUGACCUGUGAGAAGAAGUAUAAUGAAUUCAACUUCUUUUAAUCCAGAGUAACUGUUUACAUCUAACUGAUGUACGUUGUGUUCGGUAAUAUUAAGAACGUAAGUGCUUUAAAUAAUUGUUACUCAUAUUAACUGUUACUAAUAACAUAUAUGCUUCAA